GCAAAGAGUUGACAUAGAUUUUAACUUCAUUAGUUAUCCACCAACUUGAUUAUGUAAUUUGACAAAAAAUUUGACGGCAGAUUUCUAAAUUACACGAAAUUAAUAUAAAACUGUAGCACAGAGCCAUAUGGUCGCGGAUCACGUCAACAUGACACAAAAUUCAAACAGAAAACUGUAAACCAUCAUGUAAAUAUUUCGUUGUCAUUUCGUUGAACUUUGAUAUUCCAUCCAAUUUAAAAAACACACACACAAUGCUGACCAGAACUUUGAACUUAACCUCACUACCGGAAAAAAGGGCUUUAUUAAAUAAAUUUUCUCUUGCAAUAAGAAGAAUGAGCAGUUCAGAAUCAGAUGUGAUAAUUGAAGACAUCGGCCAUGUCGGUGUAAUAACCCUGAACAGGCCCAAGGCACUUAACUCCCUCGAUUUGUCCAUGGUCAGAAAAAUUCACCCAGCAUUAAUUAGAUGGGAGAAAGAGAAGUCGCUGGUAAUCGUAAAAGCUGCAGGUGACAAAGCAUUUUGCGCCGGGGGCGAUGUAAAAGCUGUUGUCCAAUCUGCCAUGAAAGGUGGUGAUUUGGGUUUUAACUUUUUCCGUGAGGAAUAUUUACUUAAUGGGCUAAUUGGGUCCUAUAAGAUUCCAUAUAUUGCACUUAUUAAUGGUAUUUGCAUGGGUGGUGGUGUUGGAUUGUCUGUACAUGGCAAAUAUAGGGUGGCAACUGAGACUACAUUGUUUGCAAUGCCUGAGACGCAAAUUGGAUUGUUUCCAGAUGUGGGAGGCACAUAUUUCUUGCCUCGUUUGGGCGGACGAUUGGGAUAUUAUUUAGCCCUUACAGGCCACAGGUUGAAGGGUAAAGAUGUUGUCAAAGCAGGUAUUGCCACACAUCUUAUCAACAGUGAUGAAAUUAAUACUGUGUAUCAAGAGUUGCUCAAAUGUAAAACAGAUAAAGAUAUUGCUUUUGUGUUAAAAAAGAAUAAUGUUAAUGACAAUAGUGAAUUUAGCUUAGCUAAAGAUAUGGAUAUGAUUAAUAAUGUGUUUUCAUGCAGUACUAUAGAAGGAAUGUUUACCAAGCUGAAAGAUUUUGAUACUUGCUGGUCAAUAAAAGUUUUGGAUACUCUUAAAAAAAUGUCACCAACCAGCCUGAAAGUUACCCUAAAAGCCUUAGAUUUGGGUAAGCAAAUGUCAUUGAAUGAUUGUCUGCAGAUGGAAUUUAGACUUGCAGUUAGUUCUCUGGUUGGCAAAGAUUUUAUUGAAGGGGUAAGAGCUCUUUUGAUUGACAAAGAUCAGAAACCCAAAUGGUCUCCAGCAACUGUAGAGGAUGUAACUGAUGAUAUUGUUAAUAGUUUCUUCAUAAAACUACCAGAUGACCAAGAACUUCGACACAAACUGUGAUAGAUCUAUGCAAAUAACUAAAUACUCUGUUUGAUAUUUUUACUGAAUACAUUGUUUAAUAAAAUAAUUUGUUAUUUUUUAUUAUUAGAUAAAAUAAAUGUUCAAGG